AUGGAUUUUCUUAUCAACGCAAAGUGGACCCCAGAAAGCAGUUUAAAAAGCAAAAAGAUUCACCGACAGUUAACUCAUAAGAGCCUAAAUCCGUCCACUUAUAAAUUUGGAAACUGAAGUUGGUCUCAAAAUGUUUGGCUCUAAGCUGCGAUCCUGGAUGGAGACACACAUUGUGCGUCCACGUAAGAAGACCAAUAAGCACAAACAGUCGCAGUCCGAGGCAAGUAUCGUUAUAACAGGACAUGGUCAUACGAAAAAGGCUGGGACUUUGCCGCAGUGCAGCAAUUUGAAGUCGACAACGAGUCCGGUAUUGAACAGCAGCAGCGGCAGUCACAGCAUUGCAAGUCCUGUCAGACGACGCGAAGUCUCACCCAUACAAUGCCAUACACCCAGUCGUUAUGGCUGGCAGUCACCGGAUCAUGAGACUAUCACAUCGCCCAAGUCAGAUCAUCUUUUGAAUGCGCCGCAGCAUCGCUAUCAACGCCAAUUGACCACGCCCACACCACCGUUGCCUCCAACGCCGCAGCCUGCGCCACCACUAAGCGGUAGUUCAAGCGCAGAUAAGUCACCGUUGCGGGUCAAUUGCAGCUCCUCCAGCAUAUCCUCUCUGUCCUGGUCUACGGGCUCAAAGGAACCAAGUAAGCAGCUUAGUUACCAAGCUCCCGCCGAGGAGGAGGUCGAGUAUGAAGAAGUGGGUACACUGUUGUUGCGUCCAAAACCGCCUCUGAAGGAUUAUCAGCGUCCCAGAUCAGAGAAUAUAAACAGCCUGCAGCUGAUCUAUGAUGUGGAGUCAGAGUCGCGUGCACAGCAUGUUCAUUAUGGUCGCCUGCUGCCCUCCAAGUUGGCCGCAGUGCACCUAGGCGCGUCGGAUGAGUGUCUCCCGAUGGCAAAUCCUGGUCAGCAGCUGCGUCUGCGUGCACCUCGCCCACUGCCGCGUGCAAAUAAUUUUCUGCCUGGUCCACGACCUCACACCUUAUCCUCACCAGAGAGCGCAUAUUCCACGGGCUACUCCACCGACGGCAACUCACCCUGCGCUGUUAGUUCUAAUCCGCCAGCGCCAGAGUACUACAUCAACAUGCGAACGGGUACACAUUACUUUCCAAGUCGUGCCACCAAUUCUUACAAAUUUGGAUUGAAUCGCAUAGAGGAGAUGUCGCCUAUGGAACCGCUCCCGCCUAAAGGCAGUUUUGCCAACAGUCUGGAGCCGCAGCCAAGUCCCCUGACGCUGUAUGAAUCGCCCUCGCCGAGACAACGCUCGAGAAUACGUACGAAUCCAUGGUAUAAUACGGCAGAGCAUGCACAGCUACGUUUGGAGUUGGAUGCAGCAAGCAGCAGCUCGACAAACUCUUCACAAUUUAAGUGCCACCAAGAGUUGAGACCGGCAACAACAACAACAAAUGCUUUGGGUACUCCGAAAAAGUUAGCAGUGAGCGUGGGCGUUGACUCUGAGUGCUCAUCAUCCUCGACUGAAGUGGAAAAUAUACAUGCGGCGCAUACUGUGAAGCGACGUCAAAUUCAGUCGCAAUCGCAGUCGACUUCGCAGCAACAACAACACCAGGAGAGCUUUUUAGUUCUUAGCGAUGAUGAAGCCACACUCAACGAAAUGAUUGGCAAGUUUGACGAGAGCUAUGUCUAUGAAAAGGAGACUGACAUACUCAGCAGUGAUUCGGAUCCCACGGACUGCGCCUCCGAGCUUGACACGGGUCAGGAUGCGGGCGAUGAAUGCGACACAGAUGAGCUGCUGGAUAUUGAUUUUAUAGACACCUCCUCUAUGAAUGAGGUUUUACUAGAGCGGCACGAACUACAUCGUAAUCUUGGCAGCUGCCACUACUAUCCACAGCCCAGUCCAGGCAUCUUGCGUCGCGCCUCGACACGCUCCUCGCGCCGUAAAAAUGCUUCAGAGCUGCCCCAGCCGGAGAAUGGAAGUGGCAGUGGACAGCUACUUCGGCGUCGCAAACGUUUCCUCAAAACCCGCAAGAAGAAUUGCGAACAACGCGAGCGAGGACGAGAAAGAGAAAGGAGCGCACUGUGUUCGUCGCUGCAAGAGCCCCGUGGCUCGAGAAGCGUGGGCGGUACACCAGUCUGUUUGCGACGCCAGCUGUUGGGCUGCAAAGAACGCAUCUACAAAACUUCACCCUUGUCGAAUCGCUCAAAUUCAUUAAUCUUUGGCAACAUAACGGAGAGACACUUCAUGACUAUUGCCGAAAGCGAGAAGGCGCUGCUCAAGGCCGACUUAGAGGCGGAUAUAAAGUACAAGCAGCUCAUAAUGGAGGCCGAAUCGCUACUGGAGUCGCUUAAAAACAGUCUUCAAAGCAUACCGAGGGACACGCCUGUGUCUAGUCCGAGACGUAUUAAUCCGCUGGCUAACAAGCGGGUGGAGAUGCUCAAGCACAGCGAAGUGGAGGCCAAGAAGCAAGUGCCACCAACACCUCCUCUGGAGAACGAGUUAGCCGCCGCUAUAAACAAACGCAUUGAGCUACUGAAAUUUGAGACUGCCUCGCCGCCCAAUAGUCCCAAACUGGGACGCUGCAGUCCGCGCAAGACGCACCUGACCAACUUCAUGAAUCAGAAUACACCGCCAGAGAUGCCGUCACGCAAGCAUUCAAUGCCAACGCCUGCACCACUCUCGCCUAAGCUACAGCUCAAUGGGCGCUACUUGGGAAGUCCCAGGCAUAUGCAUCGAACGGCUGCGCUGUUCCUGCUUCAUGCGGAGGAGGAAGAAGAGUGCAUUGCCGUGGAACAACAGUUCAGCGAGGAUGUCACCAAUCAUAACUAUUUGAAACCGGAACAACUACACAACAACUUGGACUACAACAAUCGCAAUGUGCUCGGCACUGCACAGGUACCGACUAUGCCCCAGGCUCAAGAUAACUUCUACUGUCCACAUAGUGAGCCACUCAAGCGUAAAGUAUAUAAGGGCAGCUCUUCCUUCGAGCGCAUUAAAAAAACAUUCGAUUUUCAGCUGGAUAUGAAUGAACGUGCCAAGUCGCCUGGGCUUUCCAAUAAACGUCAGCAAAGUAAGCUAAGGGCUUCCGUCUCGGCCAAAAGUUCCAUGCAGGAUGUUACAACGCUGGAUACUCAUGAAGCAAACAGCAAUAAACAGCAACUAAUUGUAAGCACUAUAGUGCAGUUAAAGCGCAGUCUCGAGCAUCAAAGCUAUGAACUAAGCGGACUAACUGAGGAAUAGACAUUUAUAUAAGUAUACAUACAUAUGUACUAAGAUUUAUAAAUUUUAGAUUAGUAGAGAAUGCAAGAAGAGCAACUCAAUCGACUGACUGUUUAUUCAAAUUAAGGCUAAAAACUAAUGAGAAAAGUCCAGUAAAUAAUCCCUCAGACUUAAACGUAAUGAAUAACAAUAACUUAGUAAGGAAUCGCGUUUACAAUUAAACACAAACUACAGUUGAAUCUGAACUACAUCAUACAUAUAUACAUAUACGGU